AUGAGUCCCACGCGACUCCUCGUUAAUGGAGUUACCGCUCUCGGCCGCCAUAUCGAAGACCUUGAGACAGAAGAAUCGCGCCUCCUCAGCAUUUUUCAAGUCCCAGGCACUUCCGGUACCUAUGCCUUUAACGCCACCCUUAUGAUGCAAAAGGAGCGGGACAUGCUCACCUCAAUCCGCCUGAAGAUUUGCUACACCGCCAUCGAGCACUCCAAGCUGAACAUUCUCCUCCGCCAAUUCGACGAUUAUCUAGGGACGACGCUUAACCAAGGUGUAUGGAAUACAAUGUUGAAGCGACAGGUUCAACUCGGAUUUGAAGAGAAUGCCUAUGUGUAUAACUGCUAUGCAUCCGAAGCGGAAAAGCGCCUUAACCUUGAUAAUACCCGCCUUGUGCUCAGCUUGAUCACAAAGUUCUUGGAACAUGACCCAUACGAAUAUUUGCUGUAG